AUGGAAGCUAUCUCCAGCUUGCUAUCCUGGCAGAGCAUUGUCGCUACCAUCGUCCUCUACUAUGUGACGCUUGCGCUGUACCGGCUGUAUCUGCACCCUCUAGCCCGAUUCCCUGGCCCCAAACUCGCGGCCGUGACGCGAUUGUACGAAGGCUACUACGAUCUUUACCGGAGUGGCCAGUAUACCUUCAAGAUUGCAGAACUGCACAAACACCCCUACGAGCUUCACGUGAACGAUGCAGCUUUCUUCGACACUCUCUACAGCCGUCAGGAAGGAGUAUGGCACAAGUACGAUUGGUCGGUCGAUGCCUUCGCGACUAAAGGCGCCACUAUCUGGACGGCCGAUCACAUCCUCCACAAGAACCGUCGUCUGCCACUGAAUCCCUUCUUCUCCAAGGUCAAGGUGUCGAACCAGCAGGAUAUGAUCAUGAGGCAUGUCCAAACGCUUUCAAGCAGAUUAUCGGGCUUUGCUGCGUCUCAGAAGACCGUAGACCUCGGCGCCGCAUUUACUGCAUUUGUGCGAGAUGUUGUCAACGAGUAUAUAUUCGGGAAGCAUUAUAAUGAUCUUGGGAAGGAGGACUUUGAUGCCGGCAUGGUGGUCGCCGCCCAGGCUGGCGGCCUUUUGUGGCGUACCACCAAGUUUAUACGCUUCUUCGGUCCCUUGAUGCGGUCCAUUCCGCCGCAGUGGAUCAUGGCAGUAUCCGAUCCUGUCAUGAAAGACUUCUUCCGCUUCAUGAUAAUUUCUAUGAAUGAUACCAAGAGCUUCAUGAAGGCGGCAAUAUCCCCAGAUGAUGACGGCCCACGCACAUUGGUCCAUGAAAUCAUGCAAUCCAAGCUUCCGCCCCCAGAGAAGUCAUUUGAAAGAGUAUUUGAUGAUAUGUCCACCACAACUGGCGCUGGCUUCGAGACGACGGCUGCUGUUAUACGAAUCGCAGCCUUCCACGUCUACAGUAACCCCAAUAUCCUCCAGAAGCUACGGGCCGAGCUUGCUGCUGCUGCCCCCGACCACGACUUGAAGACGCUCGAGCAGCUUCCUUACUUGACUGCCAUCAUUAUGGAAGCUAUGCGUCUGGCUCCAGCCAUAGCCACUCGCAGUGCUCGUAUCGCCCAGGACAAGGACCUCGUUUACGCAGACUGGCGGAUACCAGCCGGCACACCCGUCGGGAUGACCAUACCCUUGCUUCAUCAGAACGAGGAAGAAUAUCCGGAGCCCAAGCGCUUCAACCCAGAUCGAUUCAUGGAUCCCAAUCCAUGGCAGCUGGGCAACAAGACCUUUGUGCCUUUCGGAAAAGGAAAGCGUAAUUGCAUUGGAAUGUAUCUUGCCUGGGCUGAGAUCUACCUACUACUUGGCUACAUUGUGCAGCGCUUCGAAUUCAAGUUUCCCACAACAAAGGCAGAGGAUUUCUACGUCACCAAAGAUAAUUUUGCCCUCUGCACUCCAUGUAUGGGAGUUGUCCCUGCUCUUGUUACCGAAGUUACAGUAUGA